AUGUCCGAUAACAACCCUCACCACCCCGGCGUACGCAGCUUGCUCGCCAAAUUCGAGAAUCAGAGCCCCGUCGCCUCCCCGCCAUCUCGCGGCCGAUCUCCAGCUGCGUCCGAUUCCUCGGGAACCGCUCGGCAAUUAUCCAAAGUCCGCGCCAGCUUCAUCACCGUUGACGGUGUUGUGCAAUCCAACCCAGCUUCCCCGUUGAGGAAAACAAGCGGGCGCAGCGACAGCUCUGGUAUAUUUGGUCCAAAAAUCACUUCGGAAGAGACGGAGUCCGGUCGACAAACAAUGGUUUCCCCCACUCCCCUCAGCCGCCUAGAGCACCCCCAGAACGCGACUCUGGGUCAGAUAAUGGCCGAUGGCCGGCCAGAACAAGACAAGGAAAUUAAGGGAGAACCUGACCAAACUCUCAAAACAACCACCGCGACAAACACCGACACAGAACCCAAAGCGGAGCCAUCCCUAGAGAAGACCGAGACGAAUGUCUCCACCGGAUCAAAAUCGGAGAGAUCCGAUACCCUCUCACACAACUCAGAUUCGUCUGCAACUGCAAAGAAGAAGCCUUCUUCGCUGGGUCCUGCACGCAAUGUAGCCAGCAAGCCGAAAUCAACCGCAGCGCCUUCGGCUGCCAAGCCCGCUACCAGCACAAACCCCAAGCCAUCGGCCCGCGAACUGGCCAAGGAGCGUUCCAAUGCUCUAGCGCACAAGCCGAGUCGCGUCUCAUUGAACCCUAAGACAACAGCGCGAUCGACCCGAGGCGCGACCCCUGCCCAAGAUGCUUCGAAACCGUCUGCCACAAGCGCGUCCACCCGACCCCGAGUCAAAUCGCCAGUCAGACCCGCGCGUGCGACUGGCUCGACAGCGCCGCAAACCCAAUCAUCUACCGGGAAGCUUGGAAGCACAGGUGCUCCUAGCGCCCGCACCACUGCCACCUCCACCCUUCAUAGAAAACCCUCAACUCUCAAGAGCGCAGUCGGAAGUCAGCGUGCGACAACUCCGACCGCCAGCGUCCGCAGACAGGCAUCUCGUCCUUCAUUGCCAAGCCAAUCAGCCAAUGAUACACAUACCAAGCCGGUCAAUGAAGGCUUCCUCGCAAGAAUGAUGAGACCUACCGCCAGCUCUGCCAACAAGUUACAAGCUCAGGAGAAGGCUGAUGCAAAGCCCACAGCAAAGACAACCACUGCCCACAAGGCACCCAGGCCCUCUAUUGGAAGGGUCGCGGAACGUGGCACAUCUGACACAAAGCCCAACAGCACGACUUUGAGGCCUGCGCUGAACAAGGGCUCUGUAGCGCAGAAGAACACCUCCAAGCCUCCCCAGAAGAAGCAAGAAAGCGAAAAAGAGAAUGAGGUCCAGCCUAUUCCUAUCAGCCCAAAGGAGUCUGCUCCAGUGAAGCCUGCUCAGGCUACGGUUGAGGAACAGCCCGAGGCUGUUGCGAAGCCCAUUGAAGAGACAGCUUCCCUGGUUCAGGUUGAUGAAGCUGCCGUGGAACCCACUCCCGCGCCUGCUUCCGAGUCGAAUGAGAAGUCAGUGGAAAUCCCUGAGCCCAUCAUUGAGGAAGCACCUGUGGAGACUUCUACUCCGGCUGUGGAAGCUUCGGAAAUUCCGGUCAAGACAGAGCCUGCUGUUCAGCCUAUUCCCGAAGCCGCUGAGGAGAAGGUUGAACAGGUUGCCGUCAGCAAUGACGUGACUGAAUCCGAAGCGCCUGCCGAAGAGCCCGUUAAGAGCUCAGAAUCCGCCGAGAAUGUCCAUUCCGAGACUCUUGAGGAGCAAGAGACUAUCGCAGCUGAACCAGAACUGGCUCAGUCUUCCAAGUCUGCUGACCUCCCAGCUGAGGUCUCUGAGAAGACCGAGGCAACCUCUGAGCCCGCACAACAGCCCACUGAGAAAACCACAGAGGCUGUAAUUGCAGAGGCCAAACCCACAGAGGAAGCUCCUGCUGAGGUUGAGUCCAAGGAGUCUGCUCCUGCUGUGCAACCCUCGCCUGAGGCCGAGUCAAGCAAUGUCGCUCUCGACAUCACCAAUCUGGCCCUGAACUAA